AUGGGCAAUCUGUGCUGCUGCGUUCAAGUUGAUCAGUCUACCGUGGCCAUCAGAGAGCAGUUUGGGAAGUUUGACAGUGUGCUUGAGCCAGGAUGCCACUUCCUGCCUUGGAUCUUUGGGAAGCGUGUAGUUGGCCAUCUCACACUCAGGUUGCAGCAGCUGGAUGUGCGCUGUGAAACUAAGACAAAGUACCGACCUCUGGCUGGCAAAGAAAGUGACGCAUACUACAAACUGACCAACACAAGAUCCCAGAUUCAGGCCUAUGUUUUUGAUGUGAUCAGGGCAAGUGUUCCAAAGCUCAACCUGGAUGAUGCUUUCGUGCAGAAGAAUGAUAUAGCACAGGCUGUGGAGGAUGAACUUGAAAAGGCUAUGUCGGCAUAUGGCUUUGAGAUCGUGCAGACCCUCAUUGUCGACAUCGAGCCAGAUGCGCAUGUCAAGCAGGCGAUGAAUGAGAUUAAUGCAGCUGCAAGGAUGAGGGUGGCUGCAAACGAGAAGGCGGAGGCUGAGAAGAUUGUCCAGAUCAAGCGUGCCGAGGGUGAAGCAGAGGCCAAGUACCUGUCUGGCCUGGUCAAUGUGCCUGGCACCACUGCAAAGGACGUGAUGGACAUGGUGCUGAUCACCCAGUACUUUGACACUAUGAAAGAGGUCGGCGCGUCCUCCAAGUCCUCGGCGGUGUUCAUCCCCCAUGGCCCUGGCGCGGUGCGCGACAUCGCCACGCAGAUCCGCGACGGUCUUCUUCAGGGCCAGUCUGCCUCUGACAACUAA